AUGCGCACAGAUCCAUUCAAGCCCGCAGCCCGUGUGGCCGGCCAGAAGCAAGAUGUCUGGUCCAUCGUCAACGAGGCCGCUGCCUCUUCGAAGGUUUCGGAUGUUGUGAACAUGGGACAGGGCUUCUUCGGCUACAACCCUCCUCAAUUCGUGAUCGACGCUGCGAAAGGUGCCCUAGACAGAGUCGAAUGUAAUCAGUACUCGCCCACCAAGGGAAGACCUCGUCUGAAGAAAGCCCUCGCCGAUGCCUACUCCCCCUUCUUCGGCCGUACUAUCGAUCCUGAAAAGGAGGUCACGAUCACGACCGGCGCAAAUGAGGGUAUGCUCUCAGCCUUCAUGGGCUUCGUCGAGCCUGGCGACGAGGUCAUUGUCUUCGAGCCCUUCUUCGAUCAAUACAUCCACAACAUUCAGAUGUCUGGCGGCAAGGUUGUCUACGUGCCUCUCCAUCCUCCGGCGAAGGGUGCCACUCAAACCACUUCUGCUGGAGACUGGUCAAUUAACAUGGACGAGCUAAAGGCCGCCAUUAACGACAACACCCGUAUGAUUGUCCUCAACACUCCUCACAACCCAAUCGGCAAGGUCUUUACAAAGGAAGAGCUGCAGGCUAUCGGCGACCUGUGUGUUGAGCACAACAUCAUCAUUCUCAGUGAUGAAGUCUACGAUCGUCUGUACUACACUCCUUUCACCCGCAUGGCUACUCUCUCACCCGAGAUUGCCAACCUCACACUCACCGUUGGCUCGGGAGGCAAGAACUUCUAUUGCACCGGCUGGCGCGUGGGAUGGUUGAUCGGCCCUGAGCACCUUAUCACGCCCGUCAGCGCUGCCCACACUCGCAUCUGUUACAGCAGUGUCAGUCCGCUACAAGAAGCUACUGCUAUCGGCUUCGAAGAGGCUGAUAAGCAUGGCUUCUGGGACGAGACCAAGGCUGAGAUGAGAGCCAAGAUUGAUCGCUUUGUCGCCAUCUUUGACGAGCUCGACCUGCCUUACUCGGACCCUGAAGGUGGCUACUUCGUGCUUGUGAACAUGUCCAAGGUGAAGCUUCCUGCCGACUACCCUUUCCCUGAACACGUCGCAAGCCGUCCUCGCGAUUUCAAGCUUUCAUACUUCAUCAUCAAGGAGCUUGGUGUCGCUGCCAUUCCUCCCACUGAGUUCUUCACGGACGACAAUGCUCACAUUGUCGAGGAUUGGUUGCGAUUCGCUAUUUGCAAGAACGACGACGUGCUUGACAAGGCCAAGGACAGACUCCGAGGUCUCAAGAAGUACAUGCAACGAUAG